AUGGCUGAAUCCCACUCCUCUAGCUCCUCUGUGCACUCCACCAAUCCAUUUGCGGCCUCCUCCCCCGGUGCUCCACCUUCUGCCGCGACCAUUGCCCUCCUGAACAUCCGCAGCCAUGUCCCGGUCACCCUCGACAUGGAUGAGGCCAACUUCCGGCAGUGGCGCAUGUUCUUCGAACUCACCUUCAAGAAAUUCGCCCUCACCAGCCACAUCGACGGCUCCCUCGACGUCGUCCUCAUGCAGCACGAUCCCGAGUGGCUCCAGAUCGACGCCUGCAUCAUCUCUUGGUUGUACUCCACCAUCUCCAAGCCUCUCAUGGAUGUUGUGUACCACCCCGGCUCCUCCGCCUACUACGUCUGGUCCAACAUCAUCGGCCUCUUCCUUGACAACAGCCUCCACAGUCUCCACCGCCUACUACGUCUGGUCCAACAUCAUCGGCCUCUACCUGUAGCAAGACUUCCACAGCCUGUAUCAGGGAGACAUGAGCACCGCGGAGCCAUCACCGUGCUGGGUGCCAUGAAACCGCCGCCCUCCUUUGUCUACGCGUGCUCCUUCCUCAUGCGCGAGGAGAAGCGCAUCGCGCACUCCCACAAGAUGGAGGCCCAUAUUGCUCUACUGGCCGCCGGCUCCUGCACCAAGCCGUCGCCCCCCUCGCCUCCUGCCACUGCCACUGGUGGUGGUGAUUGUCGCAAGAAACGCAAAGCCAGGGCCACAUAG